AUGUUGACCGAUAAAAAUCACCACCAUGUUGAAAGAGUGCUGUAUCGUAUACUUGCCAGGUAUUUUUCGCUACUGUCCCCAGAGGAAUGGUCAAGGGAAGACAAGACCAAGGAGUACGUUGCUUCUUAUCGUAUGGAAAUGGAUCGUAGUUUCACGCCAAUGGCUGAUGUCGCAAAAAGGGAUGCCCAGUUUCGUAGUAUGGAAGCCUUUCUCAAACAGUCCAAGUUCAAGAAUGAGUUCAACAUGGGCAUGAUCUUGAGCGCAGAACAAUCUGGUUCAUAA